UCCACACACAUCAUCCACACACAUCAUCCACACACAUCAUCCACACACAUCAUCCACACACGUCUGCCGCACCAGCAGCUCGAGCAUCAGCGCUGACGUCUGCACACACACUCAGAGGAGCGGAGACACCUGAACUCACAACAUCACUCUAACUCCACAGGUCACUUUCACAGCUCAGAGAAAUGGAACGAGGUUUCUUCUUGUGGUUUGCUGCCGUGAUGGUUUCCGUGGCACCAGGUGUCAAAGGAACUGCACAUUUGUCAUUUGCCAACAACACACAGGUGAACAUCACUCGAGAAGGUUGCGGAGACUCUAAGCUGUGUUUGGAGAAACCAACCGAGUGUGACCCCGCAGGAAACGACACCUGUCUGUUUGGGUCUGUGGUCCUCGGAGCAGACCGGUCCAUCCAACUCAGAGGGGAAUCAGCGGGUUACAUUGCACUGGGAAUUAAUGCGUCAGAGGAAACCACCAUGCUUUUCGUCUGUGCUCAGAACUCCUCGGACAAUGGGACGUUCUUCUUCCGCACAAUGAAGAUCGACACCGACAAUCAGCUCAGUCCACAGGAGACGAGAGUGACAGAAAUCCGAGGUUUGGUGAACAGCGACGUGAUCCAGUGCGAGUUUGACAUCCCUGAUGUGAACGGCAUCAGGAACAGCUUUGAAACCCUCACGUUCCUUCUGGGGACGGGUAGUUUUAACGGAACUACAUUCGGUUUGUUCAACAUCUCCCUGAGCAGGAGCCUGAACAUCACCGUCAACACCACAGCCACACCCACAACAGCAGGAGCCACAACAGCAGGAGCCAGUAGCGUUGUCCGCUCAUAUGCUCUGCUUCUCCUGCUGAGCGUCGUCACACUGUCCGUCACACAGAGAGCUUGAGAGAGUCCAGACGAAGGCUGAGGCCUGAAGACGUGUACGCAGGUUUAAUGCACGGAGGAAGACUGGGUGUUCACAAACUGUACACAUGUUAAACUGGACUUAUUGUUUUACUUUUUGCACCUUCGGCUUAAACUGCAGCAAAAACCGAUGAUGACUCAGAAGGUAUCUGAGGGUUUUUCUGACUAAAUAAUUCUUUAAUUCGUUGUAUUUUCAUUCUACUUCCCCGAAGUUGUUUCCCUCUUUGUACCACAAGCACUGUCUACAAAUACAAACUUGCAGAACUGCAAAAACCAGCUCAGGCUCCCCCCCCCCCUCUAUCUUGGCAGUGACACAUUCAAUGGAAAGUCGACCCCAAACAGUUUUAAUACUCUCAGGUGAAUGUAUUGUGACUGUGAAAUACACGUUGAUGGUACGAGUGGGAAAAAUGCCCGAGUGACCAGAGCCGAUGCUGUCGGAGAAAUGAACUCCAUCGUUAACUGAAGCUUUGAGGACUCGACUGAGAUUAAUUAUAGGAAAAUCAAUAACUUUUGUUUAUGGGCUUUUAAAUGUCAGUUCUUUUGUUUCUUGUUGGCAACAGAGAGUUUCUUUGUUGGUAAAAAUGUUUUUUAAUGCACAAAGAUUUAUUUGUUUCUAUGAUUUUUACAUUUACUCUGACGGCACGAAAUCAAGUUUCGGAUCUUGCUAAACAAAACCGAGCUUUUGUUCCUGGGACGACUUAACUACUGUAAAACAGAGCAUUUCUCAGAACCACCAACUUUAAAGACUCGAAAAGAUCCUGAUGUGAUGAGUUGAUUCUGAAUUGUAUUUAUAUGUGAUUUUAAAAACAAUUU